AUGCCCUGGAUAAUAGCAGCUUCUGCCCGUCGCGCCGCCACAGUCGCCUCCCGCUUUCACCAUCUACCUUCCCUCCCACUCAUCAACAGCCCACGUACCCUUGCGUCCUUUUCCAGCCUUCCACCCUCGUCCUCUUUCUCCACCUUCCCCACUGCUACCAACUCUUCACCGCUUUCGCGACCAUCCCUGCCGACUCUAUCACCACCCGCCGACUCUACUAUCACGGCCGCAGCCGCGCCGCCGCGAGGCGAUUUUUCUGCUUCAUGGCUCGCCGCGAGCGGCCGGAGCUUCGCCGCUGGCAGCACGGAAACUAAAGUCAUCACCAUCGCAACGCCCAGCGAGUUCACGUCUCUGAUCAGUGACCCAUCGCGACUUGUGGUUGUUGACUUCACAGCACAAUGGUGUGGUCCAUGCAGAAGCAUCGCCCCGUUGUUGGAUGAAAUUAGCCGAACUCACGACUCAGUUGCCAUUGCCAAGGUUGACAUUGAUGAUGCUGCACUUGCUGGUGUGGUUAACACUGCCAGGAUCAGCAGUGUGCCGACCUUCCAUUUCUACAAGGCGGGGAAGCUGUUGAGCCAGUUCAGUGGAGCAGACGCACUCAAGCUGAAAGACACCAUUGCAUUGCUGCAAAAAUGA